AUGGUACUACCGUCCAAAACACGCGCAAGUGUUCUCACUGCAUUAGGCUUGUAUAGAAUAUCACCUCCUUGGAUGUCUUUCAUGAUCGAAGCCGUCGCCAUCAAAAUAUCGUCCGACAAUGAACACAAUUCCUUGAUAGCCAACCGUGACAACAACAAUCUGCACCGUUUUGCUUGGAUCGGACUGGCAUUGAACGCCUGCAAACACUCCUGGUAUUCAAAGGGCCGUUGUUUCGAAUUGGUGUUCAGAAAUGGAUACAAAAACAGUGGUAUUUGGGCAUUCAAGAAAGGUGUACGGGUGUCGGGAUGCGAGGCGACGCAUUGCAACAACGCAAGGGCGUUGCAGACUCUAUUGGAAGCUGGGGUAGUUAGGUUUGGAGGUGACAGCAUCGGGUACACAGCCACAAUUUCCUCCAAUAAACUAGUCAUGACACCAAAUGAAUUCCACAAAACAAGGGCCAAGUCAUCUCUCAUCAAUGAACUUCCAUGGCUUGCCCUGAGGGCCUCUAACCAUGACGUCCAUUCUGGCACUGUCAUUCUUGUCAUUCUUAUCACCAAGCCAAAUAUCAGCCACUGGCACAAAGUCGAAACGGGAAUAGAUUGGCAGAUUCUUGAUGGCACUGCUUUCCAAAUACGUUAUGCUAUUGGCUGGGUCGAUAUGAUUGGUGAACAUAUAAUCCAUGAGCGCGCGAACAUUACCCUUACCACGGGCCUUUGGGGUAGAUCCAAGAUACACAAGAGUCCAUGUGUUUUCUCCGUCAGGAUCAACGGACAUGAUGUUUUCAAAGUUCUCGUGCAACACUUUGAACAUCGUGCCAAAGAUUCUCUGACGGCCCUCAGCGCCUGUCAUCCAUGCCAAUCUAGCAAAUCCGGAUCUGACAAGCGUCAGGUAGUCGUCCAACUCUCCCGAAUUUGGGUGGGUGAAAACGGCAACCGUCUCGAAGCUGUCAGAUUCUUCGUGAUCGUCACCUUUAAUGCCGACAACGAGUCCUUUGAGAAUGUGGGAGUGGAUGUAAGCCUCGUACAUGAGCAAGUCACACUGUUUCUUUAG